CAAACGUGUGGACUGUUCACUCAUCUCAUCACUGGUGUGGCGGGUCUACACGGCAUUAAAUUCGUUAUCCGAUAAAAUUUUCAAUUAAUUUAGUUUAAUAAACAUUACACAAAGAUUGCAUCAUGAAAGUAGUUUGUAGUAAAACAAAUCCACCGCUCGGUGGUUUGCUAGCAGUGGAACUCUACCGGUCCUCAGCAGGAGAUGUAGAGAUCGUUUGGGGUGCCGAAUCAACCAUUACUCUUCCCAAAUCUACUAAAGCACUGGCAUAUGGGACUAGUAAUGAUUUGAUACGGAUUUUGGAGAAUUAUUUUAAUAAAUCUGUUGGAACCUUGCAGAGGGUAACAAUGAAUCAUUGGCUUUCAUUCAGCCUUAUUUUAGAAGAGGAUAUUCAGGAAUCUUUGUGCUACUUGAACAAAACCCUUGGACCAUUAACUUACUUGGUGGGGGAAUCAUUAUCAGUGUCUGAUUUGGCUGUCUUCAGUGUUUUAUAUGCCUCAAACAACUUUAAGGAAAUAUCUAAGAAGAACCCUCUAAACAAUAUAUUAAGAUGGAUGAAGCUUAUUCAAGCUCAGAAGCCAGUUGAGAAAGCUCUGAAAGAAAUACCUUCUGAUAUACUGGAGAAGAUCAGUAAGGCUUCAUUUAGGAGAUCACCACCUUCUAGUAAAGAAACAAGUUCUGGUCGCCAGCAAGAAGGAAAAUUUGUUGAGUUACCUCAUGCUGAAAUGGGAAAAGUUGUGGUGCGUUUUCCACCUGAAGCGUCUGGAUAUUUGCACAUUGGACAUGCUAAGGCAGCUUUGCUCAAUCAAUACUACCAGCUGGCUUUCGAAGGCAAGCUUAUUAUGAGAUUUGAUGAUACAAAUCCUGCUAAAGAAAAUGCUGAUUUUGAAAAGGUAAUCCUGGAAGAUGUAAAGAUGUUAGAGAUAAAACCAGAUAUGUUCACACACACAUCUCAAUACUUUGACCUGAUGAUGCAAUACUGCGAGAAGCUUAUAAAGGAAAGCAAAGCGUUUGUAGAUGACACACCAGCAGAGCAGAUGAAAAACGAGAGAGAACAGAAAGUUGAAAGCAAGAAUAGAAACAAUUCGGUAGAGAAAAAUCUUCAACUGUGGGAAGAAAUGAAAAAGGGCAGUGAUAUUGGCAUACAAAAUUGUGUGCGCGCUAAAAUUGAUAUGCAAUCACCGAAUGGAUGUCUUCGGGAUCCUACCAUCUACCGUUGUAAACCUGAAGUACAUCCAAGAACUGGAAACCAAUAUAAAGUAUACCCAACAUAUGAUUUCGCUUGUCCAAUAGUGGAUGCGAUUGAGGGCGUGACUCACGUACUACGUACUAUGGAGUAUCACGACAGAGAUCCACAGUUUUACUGGUUUAUAGAUGCCCUGGAGCUACGCAAACCAUACAUAUGGGAGUACAGCAGACUCAGUAUGACCAAUACAGUGCUUUCAAAACGGAAGUUAACUUGGUUUGUCGAGCAAGGUCUAGUCGAUGGAUGGGAUGACCCGAGAAUGCCAACAGUGCGUGGUGUGUUACGUCGCGGUAUGUCUGUGGAAGGUUUAAGGCAGUUCAUACAAGCGCAAGGCUCUUCACGAUCGGUCGUAUUCAUGGAAUGGGAUAAAAUAUGGGCUAUUAAUAAGAAGGUAAUUGAUCCGAUAGCACCGCGUUACACAGCCCUCGAAUCAAACCCAGUACCGGUGAACCUUAAAGGUUCAUCCGAGUCCACAUUGACAGUGGCCCUUCACCCCAAGAACCCAGAUGUAGGGUCAAAAACUGUCUGGGUGGGUCCAAGACUCCUAAUUGACCAGGUAGACGCUCAAGCCCUAAAGGAAGGAGAAAAUACUACAUUUAUUAAUUAUGGCAAUAUCAAGAUUGAUAAAAUACAUAGAGGUCCUGACGGAAAAGUGAUAAGCGUGGAUGGUACUCCGAACCUAGAAAAUAAAGACUAUAAAAAAACCCUCAAGAUCACUUGGCUAGCGGAUACUGAGAAGUCUCCACGCCUUGAAGUCUACUGCGUCUAUUUUGACCAUAUUAUUUCGAAACCUUUGUUGGGAAAAGACGAAGACUUCAAACAGUAUAUUGGACAUCAAACUAGGUGGGAGAUACCAAUGUUGGGUGAACCAGAAUUGGCCAAAGUCAAAGUCGGAGAUAUCAUACAACUGCAGCGCCGUGGCUUCUUCCGUGUGGAUGUUGCAUCUGCUGGACCAUCACCACACACAGGAAGAGUCACGCCGUUAGUGCUGUUCCAUGUUCCCGAUGGGCAUACUAAGGAAAUGCCUGGCCAGCCAAAAUCAGUACAAACAACACAAGUGAAACAAGCACCAGCGGUUGAUGCGUCACAGCUGAACCAAGAAAUUACUAAGCAAGGGGAGUUGGUGAGAUCCCUGAAGAGUGAGAAGGCUGAAAAGGCCAAGGUGGAUGAGGCCGUUAAAACCCUCUUGGAGCUUAAAACCAAGUACAAGACAGCUACUGGACAGGAGUGGAAACCUGGUGCAGCUCCAGCUUCGAAUGCUCCUAAGGCAUCUGGUGAUGCGGAGAGUAUCAACGAAGAGAUCGUGAAGCAAGGUGAUCUCGUCCGCUCUCUGAAGACUGCCAAAGCCGAGAAAGCUAAAGUAGAUGAAGCUGUAAAGCUCCUUCUGGAACUUAAAGCUAAAUACAAGACAGCGACCGGACAGGAGUGGAAACCUGGUGCAGCUCCAGCUUCGAAUGCCCCUAAGGCAUCUGGUGAUGCAGAGGGUAUCAACCAGGAGAUCGUGAAGCAAGGCGAUCUCGUUCGCUCUCUGAAGACUGCCAAAGCCGAGAAAGCUAAAGUAGAUGAAGCUGUCAAACUGCUUCUAGAGCUUAAAGCUAAAUACAAGGCAGCGACGGGACAGGAGUGGAAACCUGGUGCAGCCCCAGCAUCCAAUACUCCAAAAGCCUCUGGAGAUGCAGAGAGUAUCAACCAGGAGAUCGUGAAGCAAGGUGACCUCGUCCGCUCUCUGAAGACUGCCAAAGCCGAGAAAACUAAAGUAGAUGAAGCUGUAAAGCUCCUUCUGGAACUUAAAGCUAAAUACAAGGCAGCGACCGGACAGGAUUGGAAGCCCAGUGCAGCUCCUUCGCCCGUUAAAACUGCUGCUGCAGAUAAUAUUAGUGAUAUUUUAACAAAAAUAACAGCACAAGGGGAUAAAGUACGCAAGCUGAAAGGGGAGAAAGCCGACAAAAGUGCCGUUGAUGUCGAGGUGAAAAAUCUACUCAAUCUAAAAGCUCAGUACAAAUCAAUAACCGGAAAGGAUUGGACUCCCGCUGCAACCCCACCAGUCAAAGCUGAAACUGUUAAACAGGAAACAAUGAACGGUGUUGACGGAGAAGCAUUAGCGGUGGAAAUUGUAAAGCAAGGUGACGUCGUACGCGAUCUGAAAGCGAAGAAAGCGGACAAGACGACCAUAGAUGCAGAGGUAAAGAAGUUGCUAGAAUUAAAAGCGAAAUAUCAGCAAGAGACUGGCACAGCAUUUGCAGCUGCUCCAACUAGGGACAGCAAACCCAAAGAGAAGAAAGAGAAAGAGAUAAAGAAAGAGAAGCCAAAGGAACAGACGCCGAAGCCUAAAGAGGAAUCCUCAAGUGGGGUGAAGAAAAUAACUCGACUCGGAUUAGAGGCUUCAAAAGACACUGAUCUUUCAGAAUGGUACCAGCAAGUUAUUACUAAAGCGGAAAUGAUCGACUACUACGAUAUCUCCGGAUGUUACAUCCUACGCCCAUGGGCGUAUAGUAUUUGGGAAAUCAUUCGCGCAUUCUUCAGCGAUAGUAUAAAACGUAUGGGAGUGAAGGAUGUGUAUUUCCCUAUGUUUGUGUCUAAGGCGGCAUUAGAACGCGAGAAGACCCACAUAGCUGACUUUGCACCAGAAGUGGCUUGGGUCACGCAUUCUGGUUCUAGCGAGUUGGCGGAACAUAUAGCUAUACGACCCACAUCAGAAACCGUUAUGUACCCGGCCUAUGCCAAGUGGAUACAGAGCCAUAGAGACUUACCCCUUAAGCUUAACCAGUGGAAUAACGUCGUUCGAUGGGAGUUCAAGCAACCGCAACCAUUCCUGCGAACGCGAGAAUUCCUUUGGCAAGAGGGUCACUCCGCGUUCCGACUUCAGGACGAAGCCGAGGCGGAAGUGCUGCAGAUAUUGGAUCUAUACGCCCGGGUAUAUGAAGAGUACUUAGCCAUUCCAGUCAUUAGGGGCAGAAAAACUGAGAAGGAAAAGUUCGCGGGUGGAGACUAUACUACCACCGUUGAAGCAUACAUUGGUGCUAGUGGCAGAGCUAUACAGGGCGCAACAAGUCAUCACCUGGGCCAGAACUUCUCCCGUAUGUUUGACAUUGUGUACGAUGAUCCAGAAACCCAAGAGAAGAUGUUUGUCUAUCAAAACUCUUGGGGUAUAACGACAAGAACUAUUGGUGUAAUGGUCCUGGUACAUGGCGACGACAGAGGUUUAGUUCUACCACCACGAGUAGCAGACAUACAGGCGAUAGUGGUACCUUGCGGUAUCACGGCGUCCAGUAACGCUGAAGAGAGGAAGGGACUUAUGGACUCUUGUCAGAGCCUGGUGGAUGAAUUGAAGGCAGCUGGUAUCAGAGCUGAUGGUGACUAUAGGGAUAACUACUCGCCUGGGUGGAAGUUUAACCAUUGGGAGUUGAAGGGUGUACCAAUCCGUGUGGAAUUGGGACCGAAAGAUAUAUCACGCGGUGAGGUGGUUGCCGUGAUCAGACUGACAGGAGAAAAGCAAACCUUUAAGAGGAACACGGCGCCGACGCAGCUUCGAGAGAAAUUAAAUACUAUACACGAGGAAAUGUUCAAGAAAGCAACUAAAGAGAGAGAUGAGAGAUUGUCACUUGUCACAAAAUGGGAGGACUUUACAAAUGCACUGGAACGCAAGCACAUCAUUCUUGCUCCGUUCUGUGGAGAUAUACCCUGCGAAGACAACAUUAAGAAUGAUAGUGCCAGGAAUGAAGAUGAUCAAACAACCGAGGUUAAAGCUCCAUCUAUGGGUGCUAAGUCACUUUGCAUACCAUUUGAACAGCCUCGUGAAUUAUCAGCGGAUGACCGUUGCAUACAUCCAGCUUGUAAAAACAAGCCUAAAUUCAUUACUCUGUUUGGAAGGAGUUAUUAAAGUCAACUUAUAUAAUUUGUUACAUAUUUAAAUAAAUAAUUAUGAUAUGAA